AUGCUUCAUGCCAUGGACAGAGACGCGGCUUCACCGGUGUCUGUUGCUACUACGACAAAGAAGGCGGUGGGCGGCAUCAGCGCACCUGAGGCUGCAGCCGCGUCCACAUGCACCAGGAGCAACAGCGGCCACAGCUGUCUGGACACCGGCUCCUCUAGAGCACCGACCGCUGAGCAGCCCGGUGUGGCCACCAACGUUGAGAUGGACGAGACCGAGGACGGAGAAGAGGAGCCCAAGUUUCAGCAUCCGCGUUUGCGCCGAGCCGGGGGAAGCGGCAGUGGCGGAAGUGGAGGAGGAGGAGGAGGAGGAGGCGGAGGAGGAGGAGGCAGUAUCAGGAUGAAGAACUUUACACCAGGAGGGGGAGCCGCGUCCUCGGCUUCCAGGAGAAACUCCAACAAGGAGCCCUGCCUUACGCACACUGAGGACGCUGCUGCCGCUCCACGGCCCUCCGCUGCCUCCAGAGCCACCAACACCCAGACACCCUGUCCGGGCGAUGCCGUCCUGCGCGGCGAGACCAACAGAGCAUCCAGGGCGGAGGCGUCGGAAUCAGCGGAGAAGGUUGUAGGAGCGACAGCGGGUGAUGUGUGCGUUGCUCCAAUUUCCAGCAUGAAAUGCAACAAAAACGGAGAAUGCAGGAGGGACUCUGGUACCGGGAGCCUGCGCUCAAUCAUCUCCAAGCAGGAGAAGCAGACAGGAGGGUCGGGGAGGGCCGAGGACGCAGGGAGCGCCAAGCGAGGAGCCUGUAACUCGACCACCGCCAGCAUGGACGGCUCCAUCACACCAGGUGGGUCCCUGACCGGGGGCCACGGAGGAGACAGCGCAAACCCUGUGUCCGGCGGCGUCCCCGAGAAAAAGGACUCCAAGGUGUCCUUUUCAAACGCACCGAGCCGGAAAGCCUCGUCCUCGCUGCACGGCCCGACUCACACCCAGCAGCCGCGGAACUCUGUCACUUUCCAGAAGCCGGAGGAUGGACCGCAGAUCAUGCCCGCCGAGGAUGCGGAGCCUCGGGGCAGCCAAGCCAGCUUCAUGCAGCGGCAGUUUAGCAGCAUGCUGCAGCCGGGAGUUAACAAAUUCUCCUUACGCAUGUAUGGCAGUCAAAAAGCGGUGGAGAGGGAACAGGAGCGGGUCAAAUCAGCUGGAAAUUGGAUUAUCCACCCGUACAGUGAUUUCAGGUUCUACUGGGAUUUCACAAUGCUGCUGUUUAUGGUGGGCAACCUGAUCAUCAUCCCCGUGGGCAUCACCUUCUUCAAGGAGGAGACCACUACGCCUUGGAUCAUCUUCAAUGUGGUGUCAGACACUUUCUUCCUCAUGGACCUGGUGCUCAACUUUCGCACUGGAAUCAUCAUUGAGGACAACUCGGACAUCAUUUUGGACCCAAAAACCAUUAAGACGAAAUACCUUAAGACUUGGUUCAUUGUGGACUUUAUAUCCUCCAUUCCAGUGGAUUACAUAUUCCUCAUAGUGGAGAAGGGAAUCGACUCGGAGGUGUACAAGACUGCUCGAGCCUUGAGGAUUGUCCGUUUUACCAAGAUCCUUAGUCUUCUGAGACUGUUGAGGCUAUCCAGAUUAAUACGCUAUAUUCACCAGUGGGAAGAGAUCUUCCAUAUGACCUAUGACUUGGCCAGUGCGGUGAUGCGGAUCAUUAAUCUGAUUGGUAUGAUGCUGCUGCUGUGUCACUGGGACGGCUGCCUACAGUUCCUGGUUCCCAUGCUGCAGGAAUUCCCCUCAGACUGCUGGGUGUCUCUUAACAAGAUGGAGAACGACACGUGGUCAGAGCUCUACUCCUUUGCUGUAUUCAAAGCAAUGAGCCACAUGCUGUGCAUCGGUUAUGGCCGGCAAGCCCCGGAAAGUCUGUCUGAUAUCUGGCUCACCAUGCUGAGUAUGAUUGUAGGAGCUACUUGCUAUGCUGUUUUCAUUGGCCAUGCAACGGCUCUUAUCCAGUCCCUGGACUCCUCCAGACGUCAGUAUCAGGAGAAGUACAAACAAGUGGAGCAGUAUAUGUCCUUCCACAAGCUGCCUGCUGACUUCAGACAGAAAAUCCAUGACUACUAUGAGCACAGAUACCAGGGCAAGAUGUUUGACGAGGAGAGCAUUCUGGGAGAACUCAGUGAGCCUCUCAGAGAGGAAAUUGUCAACUUCAAUUGUCGCAAGCUGGUGGCGUCCAUGCCGCUGUUUGCCAAUGCCGAGCCCAACUUUGUGACAGCCAUGUUGACCAAGCUGCACUUUGAGGUUUUCCAGCCACAUGAUUACAUCAUAAGGGAGGGCACAAUUGGAAAGAAAAUGUACUUUAUCCAGCAUGGAGUCUGCAGCGUUAUUACCAAGGGCACCCUCGCUAUGAAACUCUCUGAUGGCUCUUAUUUUGGAGAAAUCUGUUUAUUGACGAGGGGUCGGCGGACAGCCAGCGUGCGAGCAGAGACUUACUGUCGACUCUAUUCUCUGUCUGUUGACCACUUUAAUGAGGUGCUGGAGGAAUACCCUAUGAUGAGACGAGCCUUUGAGACUGUUGCCAUUGACCGUCUGGACCGAAUAGGUAAAAAGAACUCCAUCCUGAUGCAUAAGGUUCAGCAUGAUCUCAACUCUGGUGUCUUCAACAACCAGGAGAAUGAGAUGAUCCAGGAGAUUGUCAAGUAUGACCGUGAGAUGGUGAAGCUGGUGGACCUGCAGCGCCCACGAGCCAUGUCCAUGACCCCUUCCAUUGGUGGUAUCUUUGCUCCUCCUGGUCAAUCGCAGACAGGCUCUGCAAUUGCCACCCUCCAACAAGCUGUGGCCAUGAGCUUCUGUCCUCAGAUGGCAAGUCCAUUGGUGGGUCCAGGCUCUCUGCAGUCUCCUCGUAUGGUGCGAAGGUUUCAGGUGAUGCAGAACCUGUCCAGUCCAGUCUCCAUGUCUCCUCUUCAGUCUCAACCACCUCAGACUCUUGGAGGAGCAUUCGGCUCAGCAAUCUCCAGCCCUCCUGUCCAAAGCCCCCUUGCAGUUUCAGGACGGACUUUCCAGUACAUGGCAAGCGCAGGACCCUCUGGGUCCCAGUUGUCCCUAGUACAGCAUCAUGCACCCAGCCCGACAUAUACCCAGCAGAGGCCUGCCUCACACAAAAGCACCCACUCCCUUCAUACAGGCAGCUUGAGCCAGGACACCCGGGCCCUUUCUGCCUCCCAACCUUCACUUCCCCAGGAAGGAACACCACAAGCUGCCUCUGCAGCCCCCAGCCCUCCACCCUCUACUCGCACCUCCAACACCUCCAUCGGUCCCCCUCAGCCCACUCACCCGGGCCUGCCCGGGUCCUCAGGGGUGGGGAGAUCAGUAGGAGGUCAACAAAGGGUGGCCUUUGCCUCCACUCCGCCUCCUGGUGGACCUGCAGCAGCAGCGGCAGCGGCAGCAGCAGCAGCAGCAGCUGCUGGAGCCGGACCUCCAGACUCUGGAGUUCCCAAGAAAGAUUCAAUUGUCAGCCUUCCAGAGCUAGACUCUGCCAGAUCCCGGCUGUCUUCCAACUUGUGACCCUGGUAGAGUUGAGGAAAGAGGCCUUUUUUGUAGGAGAAUCUGCUUGUUUUAGGUCAGUCCAGCUGAUCUUCUCAGCCUGCGAAAUGACCAAUCAGCUACCACCAUCGCCACCAGUCAUUUGACCUGGAUGCACCGUGUGGUGGCGUCAGGAGAAGGAAAAGAGAAACUCCGAGUCUUGCAACACUUUGGCUAUGAGGAGUCUAUAGAGUUAAACAUGUAUAACUUAAGGUCGAACUGGUCUAGUCUGCUGUACCAGCACCUUUAGUCUUAGUAUCACCCCGUACACUCUGCUUCCAAACACCUACUGUAUAUUGCUGUCUUUACUGUAAAGAUAAGAAGAAACAUAUGAUUAAUGUAACUAUUGCAUACUGUGUAGAAUCCAUGCAAUGCAAUCUAGCAGGAGCUGGACUUAAAAAUGAAAAUCAGGGACUUGAGGUCAAAUGACAAUGACAUUUUAAGCGUUCAAAAAGUGUUUUGAGUGUAAGUUUUUUCUGUAUAAGCUGUCGUAGCAAAAGAACACACCGCUCUUCAUAUUGUUUAAAAUAGUAGUAAAAAUAGUGUUUUAGACCGCUGGUCGAUCUUACAUCGAUGUGUACAUAGUUGAUGAAAACGUAUGGAAGGAUAUUAUAUUCAUUGUAUCUAUCCAAACCAAAGUUGAGCUCAAACACAAAGUCUGGUUGUGUCUGUAUCAACUAAAAAAGAAGCAUAGAAGAAAAUGCCAUUUAUUUAACUGCCUUGAUUCAACGUUAGAAGCCAUAUAUUUGGUUUGUGUGUAUGUAUAUAUGUGGGUGUAGGUUUGCGUGUGUGACUUUGUUGGUAUGUUUUGGUUCUAUUUUCAGAGAACGGACUCACAUGAUCUCUACAAUCCUUUGUCAAGCGUGAUUGGUCUGACAUGCUGACAUUGGCACUUUUCACCAAACGUCUGGGAGGUGGUCAGCAUACUGAUUGUAAUCCUGAAGGCAAAGGUGGUUAAAUAAUCUGAGCUUUAUCAAAUGGAAACAUUUGUGAACAACCCACACUGUAUACUUGCUUGUUUUUGUCUAGGUUUAUUGAUUAACACAUGCAAUAUAAUUCUGCAAUACUCUACCCCGCCUAUAUAUAUAAAUAAAUAAACAAAUAUAUAUAUAUGUAUAUGUGUAUAUA